GUUGUCAAGAAAACCGUAUCUUGGCAAAACUUCCCAAGAUGGCAGCUUUCGUUGAGCUUCUUCAAACUUUCGGAAAAUUUUAGUUUGGUUUGAAAACUAAAUUUUUCGAAGAGGCUAACUUUUAAGUUCAGAUUCGUCGUUUCUGUAUUUCGAAAAGAUGGCUGAUGAUCCGGGUCACAAGGUGAUGUUGUACUUCCUGGAAACGCUGAUGUACAGCACGGUGCCCCUGACCAUCAGUCAGCUCGCAGGGCGCUUCGGCAGCCGCAAUUUUACGCCAGAAAUGCGACAAGCUGCUGGGGGUAAUGAAUCUGGGCUAAAAAAGUUUUUGUUGAAGUAUCCAUCCCUGUUUACUGUCAACGGAAACCUUGUAAGCUUGAACGAUGGCACUGCCUCUCUUGGGGGUAAUUUUCGAGAAAGUAGUCCGGCAUCAUCUUCCGGCCAGAGUCUUCCUGACGUCUCCAUUGAAACCGAGGCUGUUCAGUACUUUCGAAGCAAGAUGAUGCGGAAAGGAGAGACCAUGAUGCCAGUCGCUAGUCUGGCUGGCCACCUUUCUCAAGCGUCCGUGGAAAUCCGAGAAUGUGUUGGGCCACAGAAUAAGUUCACAGAAUGGAUACUAAAGCAUCCUCUCAUCUUUGAUGUGAAGGAAGAUGUUGUUAGUCUCAAGGACAAUGUUACAUACAGUGCUGUGAACCCAAACGCUGAGCCUAUAGAAGAUCUGAAAUUGACGUCAUCAAUUGGGGCUCAUGAUCCUUUGGUACUGCCUUCUCAACACACUCCCAGAUUGAAACGGCGACCCAAAUCAUUGGAUGUUGCAGAGAUGAAACCACCGACUGCUGCACCCAAAACACCUACAUCAGGGUCAAAACCUGGCCCUGUAACUAUGACAGCCAAUGAGUACAAAGCUGUCAUGUUUAUAAAAGGAAUAAUUGAGAAGAAAGGUGACAUGAAGAUCAACAGUCUUUCUGGAAACUUCAACCAAGCACCAGAAAGUCUACGCAAUACAAUUGGCUGGGGAAAGCAGGAACUGGAAAAGUUCAUCCGUACCCAUUCCAACAUCUUCACGAUUUCUGAGGAUGGAAUGGUUUCAGUCAUCAAGAAUACUCGACUAAAUGUAAUAAUCACGGGGAGCAGACCUCAAGUCCAAACCAAGCCUACAGUCACUAGUAGGAAAGGGAAGGUCUACCAUGUCGCCAAACUUUGGGGUAUCAUUGAUCUCGGCAAACACGAACACGUUUUCAUAGAUCGGACAAUAUUUGGCAAACACAUUGAUGAUCUUAAUAAACUGCUGAGGGUUGGAGAAACUGUCUGUUUUGAUGCAAUACCCGCAUCAAAAGGAAGCAGAGCCCGUUGGCGGGCUACAAAAGUAUGGAAGGAGCAUGAAUCUAUAGAGGACCUCAUUGAAAAGGUUGCUGCCAAGCUUGAUCUACAGCUCGAUGGCACACCUAAAGAUGUAGUGACUCCUGUUAGCAAUAUUGAGGAAGAAAUGAGAAAGGCUAUCCCUGAUAUGAAUGACAGUACUGAAGUCACAACACCAUUAACGAUAGGUGGAAUUAAAUAUGCAUUUUCAGAUGCAGCUCCAAGUGGUGCUGGAGUGGUACCUGUGUGGAAUUUCAAGCCAAAUGAAGUUGAUGGGUUGAAAGGUGUUGAAGAAAUUUACUUCAGUGAUGAGGAGGAUGAAAGCCCACAGUUGACAAUGGUUGCAGAGCGAUAUUACAUGAACAAGUCAGUGAUCAGUGACAGCCCCAGAGAAGUCCCAGAAAAGAAAGAAGAUAAAUUGACAAAUGGAACAGAAAAAGGGGAGAGUCCACGACACAAAAGGACCGACACAACACAGGUGCCUGAGAAGAAAACAGCUGAAAUUGCGUGCCAGACAAUAGUCACUGGCGACAUUUUAGCCACUCAGCUGUACCAUGAAAAUAUUUGAACAUCUUUUUAGUUUCGACUAUCUUUCGUGAUAUAUAUUAAAAAUUGUUAGAUUUCGCACACUUGUAAAAUCAAGGUGAAAUAUCAUGAUGCAGUGACACUUUGUAACAUUCAAAUUUUGUGUGCAAUUUUCACUGGAAUUUGUGUUUUGAUGUAUAGGGUUUUGCUUGAUUUGACAUUUUUUGACUGAAGUUGUUCAGCUUGUGCCACCUCCCCUUUGCAUGGAAGUCCAUUACAGUGCAACAUCCUCACUUAUGGGUCUUCCGAGCUUAGUAUAAGAAAAAUACAUUUAAAAAGCCAAUGAUGCUUAGAUUCGAAUUGUCCAAGUGUUGUAGCAUGGCAUGUUUAAUGGCGACAGACAUUGUUUGCAGUGAUUUAAUACGAUGCCCUUUUGAUGAAAUAGUCUGAAUGCAUGGCGACAUUGACACUAUAUCAUGAGAUGGCUGCAAUUGUCACUAAAUUGUAUGCACCUUGUAAGUAAUGAUUUGGACAUACAGGGAUAUUCUUACAUUUGUAUCUGAAAAUGUAAUCUAGAACUGUGGUAUCUUGAGAAGUACAAAAUAUUGCCAUAUCUCUAAUAUUUGUUUGAAUGUGUACUUUAAAUUCUGGAGAACUAUGGUUCUGGUUUAGGAAUUCAAACCCAGGUUGAAUUUUCAAAUACCUUAGGUAUUUUUGCUGUAAAAAGUUAAUUGUAAAAAGACAGACUAAACCUUUAUACAUAUUUGUGAUGAUUUGUAUACACACAUAUGUAAUGUAAUCUAUAUUUGAAGGAAAGGUGUAUAUGCAAUAUUAGAAGAUAUAGAUAUUUGUCAAAUAAUCAUUUCUUUUGUUUUUUUGUACUCCUUGUGAAGAAUAAGUUUCCCCCAUAAAGGGAGAUUAUUAACCAGUCAUUGUACAAAAAGCAAAGGCAUGUAAAAUACAGUAAAAAUAAAAUGAAAGUGAGAUUCCUUCUCAUCUGGUCAUCAAGUUAAAACCAAGUGUUCAUGACACGUCUGUGUAUCCAUGGAUAAUGUGCCUUUUAGACUAUGUUUUUGUUGACAAGUUACACCAUUUGAUCAGAACUAAACAUUAUUAAUUAGGUUUAAAUCACUAUGAUUCAAAUUGGAAAAGCAGGUCUUGUCUUUUUUAUAUUUUAUCACGUUUUAGUUUGUAAUAUGAUGUCAGGAUUUUCAGAGAAUUCUGUACAUCAUGCGAACUUCAUUCUAAAGGGGUGCAAUAUUUAUGCCAGAACAGCCCCUAAUGAUUUGAUAACCCACAAUGAUUUCAAAAGUCUGCACAGUUGUGUUACAGUUUGGUUUAGACAUCUAAACAGUAUGAAACAUCUUUUUUCUAUGAAAAUCUUCUAUUAAGUUUCACAAAAGUUAGUGGUAAACAAUGUGGUCGUAAUUCCAGUCGGCUAAAUAUUGCACCCUUAAAAGAUUUCUGUACUCAUAAGUGCCAAAUAUUGUGAUCUGCAAGGCCAGUAUUGCUUUAUUGAUUGAAUCAUGCUCAAUUUCAUGGGUAUCACCACUCACAAAAUCAAAUCAAAACUACAUGCAUUAGAACACACCUUUUCCUCCACACCAUGUUUCACUGCAUCUAUUUGUACAUGGACAUUCUGACACCUGAUAUUGAUUGGCACAAUCCAAUCAAUGAGCAAUAUUGGCUCUGUUGUUUGUUUGACAGAUCAUGCAACCAAGGCUGUUAUCUCUGACUGCUAUGCUUAAACCACAACAGUUGGGUUGGAUUUUUUGUUGUUGUUUUUUUAAGAAACAUGGAAGUGCAUUUUGAUAGCCUAUUUGAUGAAUUACUUCAAGUUGUUUUCAUCUGAAAGUGAAUGUUGAUUUAGACAUUGAGGUGGAUUCAGUAUUUUGAAGUGACCUGUCCGGGGACUCAGUUCACAUUUAAGUUAUGUGAAAGGGAAUGAGGUUAUAUGCUGCCAAUGGACCUGCCAGUGUAGAACGUAUCAGCAUAUGGUACAAAACAGUUACUGAGAUUGACAGAUAGGUUCAUCAUGUCAGGAAAAGCCUAUGUAUAACACACAAUUCCAGGUCAAAAUAUGUCCCCGUUGUUUGUGUAGUCAAGCAAGUGAAAACAGACAUGAAAAUACAUUUCCUAGUCGAACAUGACAUGUAGAUUUGUUCAAGUUGUAUUUCUAUUGCUUUCCUAACAGCUAGUUUGCUAAUUUAUCACCCAAAAAAAGAGUAAGUAUGAUGGAAGGAAAUGAAGUGCAACUUGAACAGUUUUAUACAAUUUCCUCACGUUUCGACCACAUUUCGAUAAGGGUGCUUAGUGUUUUUUGUGAUGGAAAUUUAUUAGUUUUGCUUUAGCUAUCUACCUCAUUCAGUAUGUAUUUGACACGUUUUGCUUUUAACUUGUGUAUCACUUUUGCCAGUGAAUUUCAGGACAGGUCUUGGAAGGAUCAUACCCAGCUUAUACAUUGGUAAUGGCAUUUAGAUUGACAAUUUAGGGUUUUUUUUGUUAUGCCAGUCUCUAGAUUUCCAGGCAUUUAUCAAGGAUUCCAAGGCAGACUUUAUGGGAAAUCUUGCUCAGAUUGGUUGUUGUAAGACUUGUUCAGUAUUCGAAGCCUUAACACAGUUACUGUGUACAUUGUUUUGGGAAUUGGAAAUACUUACUAACAUUUUCUGCAGCUCUGUGGACGAAUAUUGUCCUUCGUGAAGGCCAAGAUACAUCACAUACUGUCAAUACAUUAUUUUAAGAUCAUCUUCUAAAUAUGUCAUAAGUGAUAAAAAACAUUUCCACACAAAUCUAUACCUUUUGAAGAGUAUUUUGAAUAAGUUUCUAAUAAGGAGAAAUUGCCAGCCAUUGUGACAUUGGUUAACAUUGGUAUUUUUACUUGAAGGUGUUAAUUUUUUUUAUGUUUUUUCAUGAACUGUAAACUCUAGUUCAAACAACAGAAAGUUAUUGAGGGAUUUUAGGCUUUUGUGUUGAAAAUGUGUAUCAGAAGAGGCUUGAAAAUCUUAAUUUGUGCUCUAAGAAAGUGCAAUGAAAUCUGUGAAGAGGGUAAUUUGCUGUGGUGGAUUCAGGUUUCUUGAUGGCCACUUAAAAUUAACUGCUUUCCUUUGUGCCUUUGUAAAAUGGUUCAUGUUUUAGUUUUAUACCAACAGAUUUUUCAUUAAAUUGUUUCCUUACUGGUAACAUUCAAUAUCUUAUCACGUCUUGGUAAAGAAUUUUCAAGGUUUGAAAAAUAAAUUAUUAAUAUAUAUAUAUAUCACAGUAUCCAUUCUGCCGAAUUAGAAUCUUUCUGUUUCAGAAUUUCUGAUUGGUUAUUGUUUCAAUAUGUAUUUGGUUCACAACAGCAUUGUUUGCAUAUAGGGAAAAUUAUUUUCAGAAAUAUACCAUAUUUUUGUACAAAUAUGUAACUAUGCUAACACUUACCCAAUAUGUUUGCUAACAGAAUGUUACCAUAGGCAUAUUUUAUGCAUAAUAUUUGUAAAGUGUUCAGGUAAUAUAUUGGUAUCGUACUGUGAAUUACUGGUCUUGUCGUGUUGAAUGCAUGGGGAAAAUAUUUUGACUUAGUUUGUCGUCUUUUUGGUUGCUGCCUGGCCAUAAAGAGAAUUAUACAGUUCUGGCUAGUUCUCAAAGUUAGUGUCUUGUGACAUUUUUAAUCAGUGUCUAUUUAUCAGACUUUAUUUUUUGGGUAAGAUGGUUUAUGCUAUCAACAUUGUCCUGACAAGGUCAAGUUAAGAGGUUAGAAUCACAUCAAUAGUCCUGUGUUGAGGUGCCUGAGCAAGCAGUGCAAUAAACUUUCACAAUACAGUUUUAACCUUUUUAGAAGAUUAACGGUCAUCAUUUGAUGGUCACUUUUUAACACCAAAUGAUGUAAUAAUUGGGAAAAAAACUUUUUAGAGAAUUAUGUUUCUCAAGUUAUGGUUUAGUGCUAAUUUUAGAUUUAUGUUGUGUUACAUUUCUUAGUGUUUUCUGUGUUUAUAUCUCCACAAAUAUGGAAAAAAAGAUCCAUCUUUUGUCCGAGAAUCUGUAGGUUGUUGGUUGGUUAUCACUGAUCACCGGUAUCUGUCUACAUGGUAAAUCUGAUUAAUUGCAGGAUGAUUAUUUCACGUCUUCCACUUAUGAGAUAUAUUAUGCAAUAUUUGCCCAUACUGUGUUUUCAACUUGGCAGUGUCUUUUAACAUCAGCAAAUGUUUUCACUGGUUAGUAAGUGUGUUUCAACACUCUCAAUGCAACUCAGAACAUGACAUUGAUAUACAUUUUGUAAUGAGGCUUGCUUGCUUCAGUCAAUCUAUUUUCAUUGAGGAAUGUUUUCUUAUUGUCAGUUCCUGAGUAUUUAUCCAAAUCUCUGAUAGAAUACUUUCCUUAUGGUCAUGUAUGCAACAAAUACAACCCUUUUGUACUGAUAAAUAUUUCUCAUGUGGCUCUGCAUUAUUUAUUUCUUGAUGUUCAUGUUUUGAAAGAUUUAUCUUUUUCUCAAAUUUGAGCAAAUAGCUUCACUGGAGUUACAGUGUAAUUUCAAAGCUGUUCCUGUUACAGACCCAGUCAUCUUUAGGUCUAAUUUAUGUUAUAUUUAAUGAAGUUUACUUCAGAAUUUGUAUGGUGUUGUUCACCUCUAUAGGCAAUGGAAACCAUUCACCUUGUUAUUUGCUCUUAUUUGACUAAAAACACAUUUGACAUGUUUGUUUCUUGUGGAAUGAAAGUUGUGUAUACCUGUUUGCAGUAUUAAAGGAUAGUGGUUAUGUAAUGAGCACAAUUUGGACAAAAUGAAAACAGCAUGAUGAUUGAGUUCUAUUAUGGAAAGUCCAAAACCACUUUCUGUGUCAAUGUGGUUGAAGCUACCUUUAAGUUCUCAUCAACAGUUUAGUAGCAGAAUAAUUGAAAAACAUCUAUCAAUACCUGCAUUUGGAAAGAUCACCAGAAAUCGUUACUUGUAUAUAUGCAGUGGAUUGAAAUGUGUGACGAGAUUUUUGUGUGUUUUGUUUCCUAAUAGGAAGCAUGAAUGUUUACUGGAUUUCUUUCAGAACACUUUGCAUAAUUAGUCUUUCAACCAUGAAAAAUUUACUUUUUUAUGCAAAUUUCUGAGUGGUUGGUGCUUGAGGAAGAGCAGGACACACUUUUUAAUCAUCACCUGGUGUCAUCAAUGAUUUUUGCAGUGAUCCAUUCAUGAUUUUCACUGCUUGCCAUUUAAUGAAAGUGAAAUGUGCUUCAGCAGAUGAUCGAGUGUGUUUGUUUGUUUGGCAUUAAGGCUAUAUGUUCAAAGGGACUUUGCUGUGAAUUAUCUCCCUUUUCUUGUGAAACUUACCAACCAAAACGGCUGAUGCAAGUUACUUCCUUUGUUUUUAUGGUUGAUGACAUGCAACUGCUUUAAAUGCUACAUGAAAUGGAUAGACAUUUAUUUCAUUCAACUGAUCAAGACAGUGUGCAUCUAAAACUUUUUUAAAUAUUUGUCUUCUGUUCAGUUAUAAUUAGUUCCAAAUUGUGUGCGUAAUGUUUAGGAUUGCAUGUUGGAGUGUGUCGCGAUGGGAAAUUGUGAUGUUUUGUCAAUAUUUGUUGCUGUUUUGUGUUUCAGAGAAAUUGUACAAAUGAAAUCAGUACAGGUGAUUUGAAAUACAACCUGAAUAGUAAAUCAUUGUGUGUAUUAUCCAUCAGCAUGAUGAUGUUUGUAGCUAUUUAUUCAAGCUGAUAUUGCAUGAUAACCCUUGAAAUAAUCUAUAACCAUGUAUGUCAACGGCAAUAUAAUUCAUGUCUAAUUUGUAAUGUGUAAUUUAUGUAAAUGUUUUUAUGAACAUAUUUAUGACUUUAUCAGAAUUCUGUUUCAGUUUCAUGAGAUCUUUGAUAGAAACAUACUUCUGUCACAAUAUGCAUUUAAAAGGUUUGUUAAAUAUAAGACAAAAAUGACCAGAAAUAGUUUUAUAAUAACCAUGGGGUCUGAAACUAGAUUUCUCAUCCCUUUUGAACACCAUCAAAACACCAGAUAUAUUAUGUUUUGGUGGUAAUGCAUCUUCGUUGUUAAUAUGACGUUCAAAUGCACAAAUAACAUUUUAUGACAGUUUUAUAUACUUGUAACUAUCCCCCUCCUGUAUAAAAAUGGACGUCACUAUGUUUUAUUGUUUGAAUGAGUGGCCAAUAAGUGUAUACAAGUGAUACGCUGCAAACUUGGAAUAAAAUAUAUACCUAA